AUUUUAACGAUGUGGUUAUCGAUAAGUUCGCUGCAAAAAAAGGAAAGAAGAAUGGAUUUCAUUUUCAAACACUGUUCAGAAUAGUUAACAAUUAUGUUAAUUCUUGAACCUUUCUCAUUCAAUAAAAUCAAUGGCUUUUUUUAAUUUUGUGAACCCCUGCCUUUUAGGCCCACGAGCCGCCACUGAACAUUUGAUAAUUAUGUGAUUGCCAUGGAACUGAAUAAGAAAAGUGAUGUAAUCCAAUGUGCUAUGUUCAAGCACCUCAUUGGUGAUGCAGAGAGGCAUAGGUUAUUAACGUCGAAACAACAAGAAUUCCAGUCCAUCGAUGAUUAUGUUAUAAUGCUCAAGAACUCGGGAAGAAAUUGUGAGCUGUCGACAUUGGAAGAUAGCCUCUUGCGAGAUAUUUUCGUCUGUGGAAUACACUCGGAUGGAAUACGAGAAAAACUACUCCAGGAGAGGGACGUAAGGACACUAGAUGAGGCUGUUGGUUUGGCAAAAAGGUUCCAGUCAGCUAAGGAGAAAAGUCGUAUAAUAGGCCAUCAGGAAGCCCCUGCAGUUCGCAGACAAGGAAAGACUACAACAUCAGGUGACAAUGUUUUUAAUUAUAAGCACAAACAUGUAAAUAAUUUAAAAUUCAAUGCUUGGAAUGGUAGGAAUAUUGUAAAGCAACCUUGUAAGAAUUGUAACUAUAAGUAUGAAUAUAGAAGGUGUCCAGCUUUUGGGCAAACAUGUUCUAAUUGUGGUAAAGCCGAUCAUUUUAAAGCUGUUUGUAAAAUUUCCAGUAAGAGAAUUGGUUGUGUUGAUUUGGGAAGGAAUGCCAAUCAUAAUAGUUUACAGUCGUCUACUAAAGAUUUUUUAUCACUUGAGACAGAAGAGUCCCAUGACUCCUCGGACGUUGAGAUAGGAAGCCAUAGAGUUCCGUUUAAAUUAGAUAGUGGAGCUGCUGUAAAUGUAAUUCCAAGUUCAGUAUUGAAAGGUUUGGACUGUGACCCAGGUCUAAUCGAGAAAACGAAUUUAAAAUUGGUGUCAUAUACAGGGACCAUCUAG